UAAUCUAUAUGUUGCUAUAUGCAAAAUUCCCCUGAGUGAGGCUGCAUUACUUUUAAAAGCGAAUCGUUCAGGCGGCAGAGGAUUAUCUAGGCUAAUUUACGAGACGGGCUGAGCAUCAUAUGCAAAUGAAUAGUAACAAUGUAACAAUGCAAAUAAAUGCUUCUAUUCGCUUGGUUGCAUUUCAUUAUAAACAAACGUUUAUUUUUCAACAUUACUUGCACACUUUCUGAUUAUAAUUACACAUUUAUGUACUAAAACGCAGUCAAGCCUUUUUAAAUUAGGGCCUAUUAUCAGAGACGCUGUCAGUGUUUUAUCCAUUAUUGCCCACUGCUUUUAUGCACCAGCAAUUUUGGUGUUCGAACAAAAAUAACGAUUUUAUUUCGUUUCACAUGAUUCUCUUACGAGCAUGUUGUGCAACAUGGACACCUGUCUUUGCUGAGAAUCUGUUCAGCAGCACUGAGCACAUCACAACACCUCAGAUCCCAUCAUCACUGAUCCACCCUGAGCUCAGUGCAGCGCAAAUAUCACGAUGGGCUGGAGAUGUCAGGAAUGAAGCAGCUGGUUGCAACAUGCUGGACCUGCCUGCUGCUCUCCGCUUUCCUGUGCGAGCCUGCGCUCUGCAAAGGAGGUCGCGGAGGCUCUCGGGGCUCCUCUCGCGGAUCCCCCGCGCGCAGCUCCACAGCGGGGACCUACCGGGGAGGCGGAGCCUACGGCGGCACGCGCUCUCGGUUCAGGGUCGCUGGCCGGUCGUCCCCGGUGAGGGUGGCGAGCGCUGCGGCGGCCGGAGCCGCGGUGGCCUUAUCAGCGGACAAAUGGUACGCGUCCGCCUACCGCCGCAGCAACACGGACAGCUCGGAGGAGGAGCUGGAUUACUACAACAGGACCAAUUACUUUGAUGCACUAAUGUCGAGCUCAACUCAGAACGGAUCCUUUCUCUCUAAUGUUGUCAGUGCUAUUAUUGCAACAUUUUCCGCAAAGUAUGGACUCGCGUUGGACUUUAUACAGUAGAUACACGUCCAUCAUUUUAGGAUAAAUUUCUGAUCUUAAGCCCAGAUUAGAAGGACUCGGUCACAAAUACAUUAUUGUGCUGUAUUUAUUUACAGUCAUUUUAUACUAGUGGAAACAACAUUACCAGCAUAGUAUUCCCUCUCACUGUUUACCUUUAUAAACAUAUGAACCAUGCAAAAUGUUAUUUCUGAAAAACACAGAGCCAAAUUCAACUGUUUUCAUACAGUUGUAACUAUACUGCCAAUAUUUUUACAAAUGUAAAUUUUUAUUGCAAACCUCUCUGCACCUCAACAGAUUUAUGGGUCAUAUAAACAGACUUUGAUCCAAUAAUUGUUGCCACAUGAACAGCAGUUGGAACCAAUGUAAUUCUGUCUGAAAUUAAAGCUGUAAACUUUUCUCGUGCUCAGAUCAAACUUUUGGACUUUUAAUAUUUAUUGCUUUUCUGCACAAACAUAAUUUCCCUACAAAGUUUUGGUUCAUGUUCUUAUUAUCUUAUGUCCCAGAUAAGCAUUUUCCCCAAUUUCCUUUUUCUGUGUUCUUUAAUAGCAUCUUGAAUUUUGAGAUUUGUCACAAACACCAAGCAGAAGUCUUGCUCUUUAUAUUUACUCCUUUAUCUUGUUUUCUUCUUGUGUUCAUCCUCCCAAAGGGUCUCUCUCAGGAGCAACAGACUGUUCCAUAGCUAUAAGUGCACUCAAUUAUACUCUGCAACUGUUGUGUACAUAUUAAAUAAACGGUUUGUAAUCACUGUCUCUCUGCUAAUAAAUAAGCAAACUGUUUUAACCAUA